AGCCAUUGAAAGAAAGAAUACCAACUGUUGCAUGCGUUAGAAUAAAACCAUCAACUCUACGAUACACCUUCAAAAAGUAAGAAAAUACGGGAAACAUCAAUUUUGUCUAAUACAAAAAUGUCGAUUGCAAAUUUGUCGAUAAAAUUUAUCGAAAAAACAUUUGUCGAUUCGACAAAAUUGAAAUUCAGAUCUGUCGAAGUCGACAAAUCUUAUCAAAAAAUGUCGGUUAUGGUAUUGUCAAGCUUCGUUUCGAUGAAUUUCGAAUUCAGUUAUAAUCACCUAACAUCUGACUUGAAGUCAAGUUGGAAUCAAGUUGAAAUCAUGUUGAAAUCGAGUUGGAAUCAACUUGGAAUUAACUUGAAAUCAACUUCAGUUCAACAUGAUUUCAACAUGAUUUCAACUUGAUUUCAACGUGAUUCCAACUUGGUUUCAACAUGAUUUCAACAUAAUUUCAACUUGAUUCCAACUUGAUUUUAAGUCAGAUUUUAGGUGAUUAUAAUUGAAUUUGAAAUUCAUCGAAACGAAGCUUGACAAUACCAUAAUCGACAUUUUUUAAUAAAAUUUGUCGAAUUCAACAAAUUUCGAUUUAAAUUUUGUCGAAUCGACAAAUUUUUUUUCGACAAAUUUACAAUCGACAUUUUUUGUAUUCGAAAAAAUUGUAGGCACUCGCAUAAGAGUAGUUGGGUGGAUAAAAUCCAGUUGUAGUAUUUACAAGUACGGAGAACGUGAGUAGCUUGUCGAUAGAAAUGCCAUGAGGAACCAGUGUGUUGUAGCCUGAUCCAAAGAGAGUGCCAGUAAGUGAUCAUGUAUAUAGAGCUAGUGAUGUUCUGCCUGUUAACGUACCUCCCAAAUUCAGAACGUUUGGUUUAGCUAAAGACUUUCAAGUAACAUUUGAGUAUUGACAAAUAAGACAGAGUCCCGUGGAAGAACAUUGCCUGUCGAUGAUGAGCUAAUCAAGCUGAUGAGUAGCAAAUAGAGCGAGCAAUACAUAAAAGACAUGAAAAACUCGAUUGUAUUUGACAAUGUAAUGUGAAUGCACACACUAACUGAGCUUAUUUAUAUAUGUUUUCUAUUCGAGAGUAACUCGUUCCAGACACAAAUGAGGAGGAGGGGCGUUGAAAGAAUGCAAAACAGAAAUGUUGUUUCUUUUCGGGUAGGUCAUUCAAAUAAAAUCAUGAAUUCUCACAUCAUACAUCGUUCUCUUGUUUGAUCGGGGGAUCCCCGUUCGUCAACAUGAAUGUUUGACUUUGUUUGAGCAAGAAAUCACGCAGCGACAGCAUGCGAGUAAAUAAAAAAAAUGGCAGCAGUACAAUAAGACUGACACCUAUUUGCAUUAGUCAGUUUCUUACAGAAACAAAAAUAAGAUGUUGCCAUUUCUUUGAAAUAUGGCUUGCUGUCGCUGCACGAUCUCUUAUUUAAACAAAAGUCACGCAUUCAUGCUGACGAACGGUGCUCCUCGAUGAAAAAAGGAACGACAUAUGCUGCGAGAAUUCAUGAUUUUGUUGGAGUGUCUUACUACAAACAAAACAAUAUAACUAUAAGCUCAGUUAGUAUGUGUAUUCACAUUACACUGACAAAUACAAUCAGGCAGAGUUGGAACCGGACAGGUUUUUUCUAUCCGGUCCGGUCCGACCAGCAAUCGGCCGGAUGAAUUUUACAGCCAAACUGGCAAAAAUCCGGCGAAAAUAACAGACCAUAAAAGUAUCUAUUGACAUAUAAUGGUAGUGAAGGAUAGUUGAAUAUUCAUGUGCCGAAAUCCGAAUUAUGAAUAAUCAACUUACAUUUAGCAAAAUUUAAAUAAAUCGAAAAAUAAAUUUAAAAAAUUAAAUUGAUUUUCAAUUUAACUUGAAUUUAUCAAUAUUUUUUUCGUUAUCGUACGACAAUUUAUUACAAAAAUAAUUUUUGAUGUUUUCUAAUUCCAUGCAACAAUGGUCUUUUUUUCUGAGUCCGUACAAAACAUGCUUUUGUAACUCAGGGAUGUGCAGUCUAUGGGGUACAAGAGGUGCGCACCCAUCCACAUUUAGAAAAUGUUCAGUUUCUCUCAGCGAAAAUCGUGCAUUUUAUUGAAAAAAAAGAUCAUAAAAUAGAAAAAGAAUGUUUUACACCUCUCUGUUUUUCUUUGAAGCACAUUCCUGUUGUAACUGGUUGAAAAAAAACAAAGUAUCAUUCAGAAUAUGAUCGAAAAUAUACAACUUAAACAAAAACAUGAAAUUAAUCAACAUCAGGGUUCAAAUCCAAAUUCAAUAAAUAAAUGAUUCGAUUUCUUUUCGAAUAGAGAUUUUCUGUUCUCCUAUUUGAACGUAUUUCACAUUAAAGUCUAAAUCAUUUUGUUUCAUUUUUCUGUCUUUUUAUUUCGAUGAUUUUACAUCACAUUAUAUUGUAUCAGGUCAGAGUAUGUAAAUGAUACUCUAUAACUAGGACUAGAAGGUAUAUUAAGCACAUAUUUAUUAAAAAUAUGAAUACAUUUUAGUUUGAACUUGAAGAUUUUAUCCGAAUUUUAUAAAAAUUCAACUGUUGAAUAAUUGUUGCAAAAUGAAAUAUGUCCGAUGUGAUAGAACAAAAAACAAAGACGGGAAAAUUUAUUCAUUCGUCACUAUCUCCGUGGUAACGUUCAUAUUCAACAUAUAUUGUCAUUCUUUAUUUGAACGAAUAAUAUAAAGAAAUGAAAAAAAUUGUCUGGCAAUGAAUAUAAAGAAAGAGAGUAUAGCUGUUAAAAGUCAAUGCAGAGAUAAUCGUUUAUUCUGUUAUAUGGCUUUGUUUACAUGUUUCGACGAUCUAUCCGAUCUAGUACUAAUCGAGCUCUUCUCAUAUCUGUCAUCUAUCGACAUACUAUGGGGAUUUACUCGUCUUAAUAAUCGUCUGACAAUGUUAAUAAAUGAACGAUGUUUCUUUCAUCAUGUUAACUUAUCACUUGCACAUUAUCAUCAAUUUAAUACAAUACUUCGUUUUCUUCCAUUGAGUAAUAUUGAAUCACUUGCAAUAGAUAGUGAUGCAUCUCCACUUCAGUUAACUCAUUGGCCUUAUUUGUCUCGUUUGAGAACUCUGCGUAUCGUUGGUGUGUACGAUCAUGAGGAUCUUUCGAUCUUUCUUUUGCGUCAUGCCACUACACUUACUCAUCUUAUCAUCAAAUCAAAUGAAAGACUGAUUCCAGUAAGUAUAGGAGAGUUUGUUUUAAUACGUUUAGAACUAUAUAAAGAAUUAAGAUUAUUGAAGAAAGAAUUGCAAAUUCUGAGAUACUGACCUCCUUUAAAAAUCUUCUUAGAAUAUUUUUAGAAAGAAGAAAUAGACUGUGUGGUUGAAUUAUGUAAAAGAUGAAUUCUUAUCAUUAUUUGAAAAUUUCAAACGAUUCACAAUUUGAAUAUAAUAUGUGAGAAGAAAAAAUUGUAUAGAAAUAACGACAAGUUUCAUUCAACAGAGUGUCAGAUUCAAUUGAAAUAAUAAAAAAAAAAUAUCGAGUUCAAUAUAAAGUAUAUUGUUCUAUUAAUACAUUGAAAUAUAAAAUAGAUUUUUUUCAUUCAGAAGACAAGAUCGUUCCAAAGCAGUUCUAUUACGUCGAAUGAGUUCUCACUAGAAAAAGAAUGUAUCGAAAAGUAUUUUAUUUGAACAACUAUUGUAAACAUUUGUACUUUCAAAACUAAUGAAAUUGAAAAUUUUCAUGAGAUAAAAUAUUAAAUAAAAUAGGUUUCGUUACAUACCUAUAUAUAAUAGAAUGAGAAUUGUUUCAAGAGUCUGAAGAUUUUCAUCUAUGAAUUAGUAAACUUCCAAAAGAUCUAAUAUUAAUUGUUAAUAAUGAUUUUAGUUGAGUAGAACCUAAACUUUAUCGAUCUCUUUUUAAAUCGAAGCACUACUGCUUCGAAUCUGACGAUUAAAAAUAUUAGUUAAUAUUGUCCUUCAUUCAUAAUUCACUGAUAUUUGUAUACUGUUUUCAGGAUGGUUUUACAAUUAAUUCCGAAUAUACAAUAGCGUAUAUUGCGACGUUAAUAAAAAAUAUUCUUUUUAUCCGUUUGCCUGCACUUAAAUCACUUGAUUUGGGCAUGAAUAAUUAUGGAACAUGCUGGCCUAUCACUACUGCAGUAGUUCCACUUACUUAUUUGCGUAUUGAUUUACCGUGUGUGGAUACACUGGUUCGUCUUAUAUCAACACCACCACUCUACGACACAUUACGUCAAUUACAUGUUCAUGUAGGUGACGCUAAUUCUGUUAUAUCGACAUUUAAUCUAUUGAUUCAAAUGAUUCAUUUACAUACAUUUACUUUUGUUCAAACAUUUUUCUCGGAGUUAACAACUAAAUGGAGAAUUUUCGAAAUGCUGACAUCUUCGAAUGUUAUGCCUGUUCUUCGACGUCUUAAUAUGUCCCUUUUUAUUGAUAUGAAUGAUUUAAAUCAUAUUGGUUCAUCACCACUUUUUACUGAUCAUCGUCAUGUUGAUGUUCAGUUCGCUUUUAAUCUUAUCAAUUGUCCACAAUACAUUGAAAUGACACAAUAUAUACCACGUGGUAAUCGUUUUCAUUCACGAGAAAUAAUUGGUGUAACCUUCGUUGUUAAACAUUGGUCUAGUAGAUCCAAAUGGCUCACUAAUAAUGAUCCUUUUAGUCGUGGACGUCGAUAUCAUCAUCAUAUGUGGUAUACUCUUCCGUGGGCAUUCGAUGAAUUCUUUCACAACUAUCUUCCAGAAAAAUGGAUCAUUAAAAUACAAGUAUUUGAACAACCUUCUCACAAUGCUAGAACAAUUGAUCAAUCAUCCCUUCGUACAUUAGAUGCAUGUGGUCAAACUUUAGCAUUACCUAUAUACUCUUUACCUCAUGUAGUACUAUCUGAUUACAUUGAAACGUUUCACCUGUCCUAUUAUAAUAGACCUAUUCAUAUA